AGUGAAGCGGCUGGUUAUCAAGGGCUGCAGAAGUGGGAGAAAGGGCAAAGACAAAGCGACUCCUCAGCAGCAAGCGUGUCAACACUCAGCGCCAUGAUGGACAGCGAAAUCCUCCGAGCCUUCACCACGUACGCCAUCAUUGUCAUCUUGAAGAUGAUGCUGAUGUCACCCUUGACCUCCUACUUUCGUUUGACAAGGAAGGUCUUCGCAAACUUAGAAGACAGCAAGUUAGUUUCCCCCAUCCUCGACAAAGCGCUGGUGCGUGUGGAUCCUGCUGUAGAACGUGUGCGCAGGUGUCACCUGAAUGACCUGGAGAACGUCAUCCCCUUCCUGGCAGUGGGCUUCCUCUAUGCUCUGACCGGACCUGAGCUCUCCACCGCUCUGCUUCACUACCGGAUCUUUGCUGGCGCUCGCAUCUUUCACACCUUCGCCUACAUCCUCGCUUUCCCGCAGCCGUGCCGGGCUUUGGGCUUCAUGGUUGGCCUGUUGGUCACUGUCCACAUGGCCUUCAGGGUCCUGGGCUCUGUGCUCCUCCUCUGAAACCAACUCAGGAGCUUUUGACUGAAUAUCGUGUGGAACACACAAAAUCAAAGUUGCCUUUAUUUGAGGAAGACCAGUAUGAAAGAUAUUAGUUCUGUUCCGGCAUCAAGUCACUUCCCAUAAACACUUGUGAAAUUUGUUUCAACCACCAGUUGAGGAAUGAAAACAAUCCUACCUCUCUUCCCCCCCAAAAAAACUGAAAAAAAGACAAUAUCAUUUUUUUUUUCUUGUAUGAUGGUGAAUUUCUACUCAGAGGACAAAUAGCGCAAAUAAAUGCAAU